CUUGUACCGCGAAUCGAUUCCGCAGCUGUCGAGAUUCUAUUUCAAGAGACGGACUCGACCUGAAUUUGCAGAAAGCAAGAUUGUGAACUGUGGCUGAGUGUAAUUCCGGAAACAAAUAGGUGAAAACGCAAUGGCCCAGGUACCAAUGGCAGCGACCACGGCAAUGCUAGCAUAUUUUGGAUGGACACUCGGUACGAAAACAAGUUCCGCGUGGUCCCUGACUUUGUUACCGAAAAAUUCCGGUCCUUCUCAUCCACAAGGAACACUGUUGAGCAAUAACGCCGCUGUCAACCAAAGGAGACGAACACUUUUUUCGAGUACUGCUGCCACUCUUGGUUUGCUUGGAUGCGGUACGCCUUCGUCGGCUGUCGUAGAAACCGUCGGGAAAGAUCCAACCUGCAACGAUGGUACUUGUUUAGGUGUUUGGGACGGUCUUUUGGCGGACUGCCCACAUGGAAUGGCUGGUAAGCAGGGUGCAGGUUGUACGUCGUCUCAGGAUGAUACCCCUGGUACUUUUUCGGAACCGUGGGAUUAUUCGGAAAGCGAUUCACUCGAUUGGCAACAUCAAAUGCGAAAACUCCUGCCCGUCAUACAAGCGGUGAGCGCCAAACGCGGUGACUCCGUCCGCGUUUUGCUCCAAGAAAAUCGAUAUUUGCGAGUCGCCUUUACCGAUGGUCGUUCGGGAGAGACGUCGACUGGAGAGUUCUACUUUACGCCCGACGAUACCACCGUCCAGUUUCGGAUCGCCUCAUUGGAAUCGUCAAGUACUUCGCCCUUUACGCCAUCGCUUCGCAAUAUUGAACGAGCUGAACUCUUACGUAAAGAAAUGCGGUAUUUAAAACUUCCAGUGUUGAGAAAUCGACGGCGUGCCCUCUUCUUUGUGGAAUCCGAGGUGGACACGUUUGGGCCGGGCUCAGCCGCCUUGGGACCCCCAGCGGAGAUGAGAACGGGCGAGCUGGAAGGCCGACAAGACAUCGACCCGCGCAAAAAGCUAGAUUUCUUACAAAAUUUUCCGAUUCCAUUGUAG